AUGGCGGCUUCUUCAGCAUCAUCGUCGAUCCCCCAGGCUACUGGAAUGGGUUCGCUAGCAGCACAACGGAAAGAUUCCAUAGCGCGAAGUAUGUCGCGAUACCGACGGAGGGGCGCGAGGCCUGCUUCAGGCGGCUUUUCGACAAGGACUGGGGGGCAGCAGUCCGAGGCGGUGCCGCUAGUUGGGCCGUCAAUGGCGACGGUGCCAUCCCCGGAAACCCCACGCUCCUUUGUGCCGAACGAGGAAGAAGCACGGGCGGUCUACGCAGAGGCAGGAGGUGGAGGAGGUGCGUCCCAUCGGCUUCAAGAAGCCACAGCACAUGGAAGACAGGCUGUAGCAGUACGCGAUGCAGGGCCAAUUCAAAAUCACUCUAAUCAACACCAGAAUGGGGUGAUGCAUUCUCGUGGGCAACCGAAGGAGCAUAUAUCAAGGUCGACUUCGACAAGGUCGAGGAGGAGUUCAGACAGCAGGCAACGGCCUUCUUUUACUGCAGAGGAUACCCGUCGAGACUUAUCUGCCUCUCAAGCCGACGAUAUGCUUACGAGUUGCUUCCCUACCAAGCGUGACAAAGACGUGACUGAAAAGCCUAGCCAAGCGCCUGCGGAUCCCAGUACCGCUGCAAUGGGACCAGGAAUAGAUGCACCAGUGUCGGCGGUCAAUGCUGGCGAAAGGACCGUUCUCGUCAGAUUUGGUCCAGCAGAGACCAUGAUCUCCGUGACACCUUCAACAACGGCUGUAGAUGUCAUCUACUCAGCCGCGUUCAGCUUCUCGCAAAAGGUUCAUCCUCAGAAUGCUCUCAUGAAAGAAUGCUUUGAGCCCUUGGGGCUAGAGAGACCUAUUCGAAACUAUGAGCGUAUCCGCGACAUAUUGAAUUCUUGGGACACCGACUCCUUGAACAGCCUUGUGCUCGUUCCGGCUGGUGUCGACGAGGACAGUGAUGAUCUUCAAGUGCGAGCAGCUCCCCGCACACGACCUGCGGAGAUGACUGUUCAUAUAUAUCAUUCUCAAAAGCCCGGAAAAUGGGACAAACGAUUCAUCACAAUUCGGUCAGAUGGCCAAGUGAUUGCAGCCAAAAAGGAAGGAUCCAAAGACGCUGUCAACAUCUGCCAUCUUUCUGAUUUUGACAUUUACCAACCAACGGCUCGACAACUUUCAAAGCGGCUCAAACCUCCCAAAAAGUAUUGCUACGCCAUCAAGAGCCAGCAGAAGUCAAGCAUGUUUUUGAGCAAAGAAAAUUUUAUUCACUUUCUCUGCACAAACGACAAGAGGCUCGCGGUGGCUUUUUACAAAGGGGUACAGCAAUGGAGAAGCUGGUACUUAGUCAACGUCAUGGGGGAGGGGAGAACAAGUCCCAAGUCUUCCGAAAAGAUUGCCGGUAUUGCGCUUGUGAACGGGCGGUCCAAUUCUCUACGCGAGCAUCAACGUCCUCAGUCAGCAGGUUCAGCAGGUUCAGACGGCGUUGCUCGACCGUUACUAGAUUUACGAGACGCACAUAUUGUCGAGGCACGAAGCCGAUCGACGCUUGCGCAAUUGAAAGAGAUGAGCGUUCCUCAGGCCCCCAUGAGUACAAAAGCGAUGCAUGAUCGCGCCAUGUCGCUCCGUCAGCAUGGUCCGCCUCCGGUCUCGUUUCCCAGCCGAUUCGUAGAACGCACCAAUUCUCUGACCAGCCGCCCACGAGGCUCCUCGCUUGCGAGUCCGCUGAACUCUGAAAGCGAAGAAGACUCUGCAUUUGCACCCAAUGGUUUGCUCGGUCGAACCUAUAGUCAGCGGCAGAAAGCUAUGCAAGACCGCGAAGCCGGCACAAUAGGUGCAGUGAAGCGACGAAGCCAAGAUCUCACCGACGGUCGAGAGCAUUCCACGACUGCGACAAAGGCGGGAGGAGCAGCUGCCGCCGCCGCCGCUCAAAAUGGCCACGCGACGACGACAGCGGCGACGACAGUGGGAGCUAGUUCAAACGCAGACGGUGUCGGAACCUCUGGCUUGGGUCGAUCACUCUCGACCCGGUCUCGCGCUGAUUCCGUAAAUGGAUCUGGCUUGAAGCGUGGCCCGUCUGUCCGACAGCAAAAACAGAUGCCGAAGCCUCUCGUUGACCUCAGCCCUGCUUACCGAGAGCCGCCCCAGCAUGCUCGCAAAGGGCGCGGCGUUGUCAUCGACCACGUGCCGGCCGGAGGUCUUGUCGAGAUUGCGAAUAAUCCGGCUGAGGUUGCGAUUCAAGUGCCGGCUGCAACGACAUGGCGCCGUCCGAGGACCGCCGACGACUCCGUCCAGCGUCGCGCGACGGUGUCGCGAAGAGAUAGAGCUGGAUCUCAGCCUAACGGCACUGGCCAUCAUCACGAAAUUCAACAAUCGCAAAACCACCGCUCAGCCCCGCAUCACAACAAUCAUCAUCCUCAUCACCAUUCUAGGCAGUCAGACCCCACACAACCACAGUUGGAUUCUGGUGACGACUCCAGGGACCCGUUCACUGGUGGUGGCUUGUUAGCGCAAACGCCGCUCUCGCGUGGCGGCUCCCGCCACGGGCGCGGCGUCAUGGACGGUUCCCAUGCAAACGGUCCCAUGCUGGACCUUCGCGAACGAAGCCAAUUUUCUCCGGGAAGUUUGCUGGCCAAGGUUGAGAAAGAUCGACCAGCUCCCGGGCCGACCAUUGCUCGGGAGAAGGCGAGGGAAAUAGUUGUCGGGGUUGGUGAGGCGGUGAAUUAG